AUGGUUUGCAAUUGUUCUUUGCGCUGCCUUGUGAUCGUGCUGGCCCUGGCCGCAUCGCCAGUUGCUGCCCAGCAAUCCGAUAGCUUGUCGCAAGAGCAGCUCAAACCGCUAACGGAGUAUCGGCAGCAGCAUCGCCGCCUGUGCGUGCAACCAUGGUUUUCGCUUGUAUGCUCAGAGGACUCACGCGUUUACACUGGCUGCACUGACGCUGGGUUGUGCUGCUUGGCAAAUGCUUUGCGGCCUGGCUGGUGCAUGUGGCAGCUGGCAAGUGGGCUGAGCGAAGCGGCAUGGGGAUUCUGCGGUGCGCACUGCUUCUCCUUCCCCUUUCCUGCACGGGUGAACCCUUUGUGUUUGCUGGCAGUUGUAGAUUAUGAAGCCCUUCGAGAAGAAGCAGCUCAUGCUGCCAAAGCAAAGGCGCAAACAGUGCGAGAAUAUGUGGCCAAGCUUGGCAAAGCACAGCGCGCCGCAGAAGAAACGCUGGAGAUGUGA